CAGACCAUGGACGGGAUGCGCAAAAGCUGGAAGAUGUCCUCGGACCCGUUGCAGCAGGAGGUCAGCACGGCCACCGCUCGUCGACACGGUCCGUCAUUGGUCUCUAAGGCAGGUGGGAGGCUGCAUACACUAGUUGACUUUUCUUCGUAGCGCUGUAAAUGAAAACUGCGAUAAUUAUGAUCAUGUGGUGUAGCCCCGCUCAGUCUAGUUUUCGGUUUGAGGCUUUCGCAUUUCUGAUGAAAGGAGUGUCGAUGUCUAUUUGGCUCAUGUGCAUGAGGAAUCCGAACCAAUUUUCUCAGGCAUCACGUCCGAGAUGGGGCGUGCUUCGAUCUCACCGAUCA